AUGGAGAGAGAACUUCGACGACAAUCACAAUUCAGCACAAUCACCAUGGGCUCGACUGUGCGCCUCGUGACAAGUGUGCAGUACAAGUAUGAGGGCGUCGUCAUUGCCUUCAACUCGGCGGAUAUGACCAUCACACUUAAAAAUGUGAAGUUUAUGGGAAAAGAUGGUCAAGUUAAUGAAACUGGCGCGGACAAAGAUGAAACACCCAAAUUCCCUUCAAUUGGCACUCGUUUUGAGUCUAUAACUUUUUGGCUAACAAAUAUCAAGAAAAUAUCGGUCCUCAAUGAGGCCAAAGUGAAUAGUGAAAUUGGGGAUAUCGCAGUCAAAGAGGCCAGUGGUGCCGAGAAGAAUACUUCACCUGCUAAACCUAUGAUUGUAAAUCGCGAUAAUGGAACAGCUGCCACCAACCCGACCCAAGAAAACAAUAAGGAGAGAAGGCCCAAUCGUAGGCCGCUACCACCCACAGGCAAUCCUCGCCGCGGUAGAAAUACCGAUACUCCGCGUCAGGCCUACAUAGUUUAUAAUACAGCUUCGGUUCCAGCACCAGUUUCCACUCGUGGCCGGUUCUCUGUUCCAAUUCGGGAGGCACCAAUGGAAAAUCGUUUCGCUCGCAGACUCGGCCCGCGUAGUAGUAGAAGCAGAGCGCCUUAUACACAGCCUACCAGAAAUGGUGGUUUGCUUUUGUAUUUGCCGCCCGAUUUAACGUCUUUGUACCGGUCAAACGGUUUGAAUAUAAUACCGCAAUCAAACUUUAAAGGACCACGCAAUGGUGCAAGGAGACGAAAUUAUGAACGUCGAAAUGGACCCGCUCGCGGCGUUUCAAACCAGCAGGCUGACUCAGAGGUCGAUUGUAGCAAACCCUAUGACUUUGAAACUGCCAAUGAAGAGCUCAAAGUAGAACUUGCCAAAAUAAAUUUAAAUUCCGAAUGUGCAGACGGUCAAAAUACUCCAAGCUCCGGUGACAGGCAAGUUGGUAGCCUCUCAAACGAAACUGGUAUUAAUUAUAACGGCAAGACAUCUGACAGCGGCGCAUCGGGUGACUCCUCUACAGGUAUUGUGAACACUGGGGCAGAAUCUUCGACAAAUACCAAUGGUUUUCAGAGUUUGUCAAGGGGUGAGUUUUAUGUUCGGGAAAAGUGUUUCUUCGACCAGAUAAGUCGCUCCGAGGGUGGUCCUCGAGGUCCAGUCGGCAGUGGAAAAGGUGAGCGUGGACGUCUCAAACAGGAUAAAAGCCGUGGGCAAGGAGGAUCCAACCGACCUGGGCACACUGGUAUCAUGUCUCAUGCCCGCCUUGAACGCCAGCUCAAUAUUGAGACCUUUGGUCAGUCGGCAACUCGCAGUAUUUACAACCAACGGAGACGACCGACAGGAUACGUUUCUCGUGAUAUUCUCGUGUCAGCCACGGCUUGA